GAGUUAUUUCGCUGGCAAGAACUGUUCUUUCCUUCAAUUGCGCCUUUCAUCUAUCCCACAUGUCUCAUUAUCAUUCAUCUCAGCUUUGCAGGCAGCACAAAACAUAAAAAUUGCACUAAAAUACUUUAUGUCAAACAAGAAAAUUAUGCAUUGUUGAAUUGAAUUUGGUUAAUUAUAGUGCCCAAUUAUAACAGCAACAACAUUCUUUUCACUUCCGAUAUUAGAUUUGCUAGACACAAUAACCAUACUUUGUGUCAUAUCCUUCUAUCCUUAUAUCAAAUACACAGAACGUAUAAUGUUUUGAUGGCAUUAGACUAUCAACUGCUAAACCCUAUUAUUUUGUGUAUCGAUUCAAGUUUACGACGUGAAUUUUUGACGUUAACAAAACUUCAAUGAAGUUUUUUUUGGAUGGCAUUUGGGUUUUUUUUCCCUAUGAUUACAUUUAUCCAGAGCAAUAUGAAUACAUGCUUCAUUUGAAACGUGCACUUGACCAAAAAGGCCCCUGUGCGUUAGAAAUGCCCACAGGUACUGGGAAGACUGUUUCACUUCUAUCCUUAAUACUUUCUUGGAUUUUGGCUCGCCGUGAGGGUAUGACCGAGCAGCAGCGCAUUUUCGAAAACAUUCCUCUUAAUACAAAUAAAGAUGGAAUUGCUUCUUAUUUCAAGUUUAUUUAUUGCUGCAGAACCCUAGGGGAGAUAAACAAGACUAUUGAGGAGCUCAAGAACGUUUGGAUGAAUAUUGAAAGACACAUGCUAGAAGACAGCAACGAGAAGAUUCAGAAUGGUGGGUUGACUGAUUCUAAUGAAGCAAACAUUUCUCAGCAAGCAGAAGCAGACUCUAACGAAGAAACAUCUUCUGCAAAAGAUUGGCGCUCGGAUGGUCCAAAGAGUGCCUCGUACGGCAAUCCGCAACAUGAGGAAUCAAAAAACACUGUACUUCCUGUGGGAAAUAGGGUAAAGCUUUUGGCACUGUCUUUAUCGUCUAGAGUGAAGAUGUGUCUGAAUCCUGCCGUUCAAUCAUUGCAAAAGCGCUCAGAGGUUGAUGCUAGAUGUCGCGACUUAACUUCUCCAUAUAUCCGAGACAAAGCACUAGAGCAAAAUACGUCCAAGGCAACUCAAGGCCGCAGCCACGUCACCGGGGUGAUGUAUACGGAGGAGCUUGAAGGUCUUUGUCCUUAUUAUGAAGGAUAUGAGGCAAGAGGAAAAGACAUUUUAUUGACAGGUAUUUAUUCUUUUGAUGAUCUAAGUCUCUUGGGCAAAGCACAGCAUGUUUGUCCCUAUUUUCUCUGUCGCCGUUUAUUGCCCUUAGCAGAUAUUAUUGUUUAUAGCUAUCAGUACAUACUUAACCCGCGCAUCAGCGAGCUAGUGUCGCAGCAAUUGAGAAGCGAUUCGAUUGUCGUGUUUGACGAAGCACACAAUAUCGAUGAUGUCUGCAUUGAAGCAUUGUCAGUGAGAAUCAAUCGACAUACCGUUCAGAAGGCACAUGCUAACGUUCGGAUGUUAUCUCAGCUGGGACAACAAGUAGAAACAAAAGAUUCUGAGAAAUUUCAGAAAGAAUACCAGGAAUUAUUGAAAAGUUUGAGCCAAGUAGCAAAUCGUUCAAAGGCAAGGAAAGAUAGCAAAACAACAACGCCUGAGGAGACUUUGGUUCGACCACAAGACAAUGGUUCGACCGGAGCCGAACAGCCUAUAUUCGAUUCCUCUCAGGAUCAAAUAAGAAAAAACCCAUUUUUUGAUUUUACAAUCAGUAACCCAGUAUGCAUUCCCAACCAAUUACUCGAAAUAAAAUCGUUUGUUCAUGUUUUGGAUCGAAUUGUUGGUUAUUUUAGAAGUCGCCUACGCCAGAAACAGGUGGUUCGAGAAACCCCUCGAACCUUUCUUGCGGGUAUCGUUUCUUGGAUUGGCACGGAUGAGAACCCUGAGGAACCUAGGUUAGGUAUCGCUGAACAAGAUAGAGAUAAGAAUAGUGGACAGAUCUACCAGGUACCGGUGGUGGCUGAUCGCCUGAUCGACUAUAAAACAGGUGCCAUCUUUCAGCAUUGCAGCCGUCGUCUGCAAUCUCUUUUGAAUGUUCUCGAGCUAAAAGAAAUUGAUAGAUUUACACCAAUUUCUACAAUUUGUGAUCUAGUAUCGAUUGCGGCUGCCUAUUUGAAUGAAGGAUUCAUCGUAUUAAUGGAACCAUGGGACGACCGGACGCCUACCAUUUCUAAUCCAACUUUACAGUUGGCAUGUCUGGAUGCAUCGAUUUGCAUGAAGGUGAUUCUACAGCGUUUUCAAAGGGUAAUCCUAACAUCAGGUACACUAUCCCCGAUCACUAUGCUACCGAGAAUUAUUGGCAUGAACCCGAUAGUGACUGUAUCACUUAGCAUGACUUUGUCAAGGCCCUCGAUAUGCCCACUGAUUGUCUCCCGAGGCGAAGACCAAACACCCUUGAGCAGCAAGUUUUCCUUGCGCAUGCAGCCAGACGUAGUUCGCAAUUUUGCAGACCUUCUCUUGAGUCUCUCGAGGCACGUUCCUGAUGGCAUCGUAUGCUUCUUCCCCAGCUAUCAAUACUUAGAGGUAGUAGUCAGCAUGUGGAAUGAAAUGGGCAUGCUUCAUCGACUCGUUCAGUACAAACUUCUUUUUGUGGAAACAGAAAAUAUCUUAGAAACUGAGAUGGCACUUACGAGCUACCAGCAGGCGUGUGAUAACGGUCGUGGUGCAGUUUUGCUGAGUGUAGCAAGGGGAAAGGUAUCAGAGGGAGUCGACUUUGAUCACCAAUACGGUAGGUGUGUCAUCUUGUUCGGAAUUCCGUACGUUUAUACCGAAAGUCGAAUACUGAAAGCGAAGCUCGAGUUUCUCAGAUCGAAUUAUCAAAUCAGGGAAAACGACUAUUUGAACUUUGAUGCUAUGCGCAUGGCAGCGCAAUGCAUUGGCCGUGUUUUUAGAGGAAAGAGCGACUAUGGAAUUAUGAUAUUUGCCGACAGUCGGUAUACACGCGUAGACAAGCGCGACAAGCUACCUCAGUGGGUUACACAGUUUUUGACCAGUAGUCAACUCAAUUUAAGCACUGAAGGAGCUACCAUCCUUUCGAGGCAGUUUCUGAAACUGAUGGCGCAGCCUCUGUCUCGAGAAGCGCAGCUUGGAACCAGUUUGUGGGAUGCGACACAUAUCAGUCAGCAACCCAGCUCACAGAUCAAAAACUAUCAAUUGUAAUUCAUUCGUUUUCACAUCAACCGAAACCAUUAUUAUCGCAUGAGAACGAUUUAAGGUCGAAAAAUUGUAGAAAUAACAGAAAGCGAUUGUGGUUUGUGUAUUUUCUUAUACCGCGAUCCUAUUUUUAAGAUAAUGCUUUUGUGUUUGUAUCAGGAGAAGAUGGGUACCUCAAGGCAACGUCUCUGUAUGUCUCUAUCUAAACGUGGAGCUCCCACAUGUACGCAAUGCAAAAAUUUACGAGCAUCAGUUAUGACCAAGGAAAAUGUCUAAAAAAAUACAUUUUCUGUUACAAGAGCGAUAAAUAUAUACUUUACGAUCCGCUUUCAUUUGCUCUGCACUAUAGCUGCUGUUCAUAAGUUCGAUUUUGCGAUAUGCAUAAAGUCAAAAAUAAGGAGGAUUC